GCGCGUCGCUUCGGGUCCAAAGGAGGAGCUCGCGAACACCAUGCGGCCGCCGCGGCACCUCGGGCCGCUCCUCUCGGCGCCCCGCCGCGGGCUCGCCACGAGCUACAGCGGCCGCAUCGUGCGAUCCGACCCGUCGGGGCGCGCCCUAGCCGUGGAGGUCGACCCCCCCGAUCUCCUCCGCGACCCCCGCGGCUACGCCCUCCCCCGCCGCGACCUCAUCUGCCGCGCCGCCCACAUCCUCCUCUCCCCCUCCUCCGCCGACCCCUUCCUCGACCUCUCCGACUACCUCCAAACCCUAACCCUAACCCUAACCCCCGCCGAGGCCAGCGAGAUCCUCAAGUCCCUCCGCCGCCCCGACAGGGCCCUCGCCUUCUUCCGCUUCGCCGCCGCCCUCCCCGGCUUCCGCCACGACUGCUUCACCUACAACCGCCUCCUCUGCAUCCUCGCCCGCGCCGCCGCCGACGACGAGGCCCGGAGGCUCGUGGACGAGAUGGAGCGGGACGGGAUCAGGGGGAACAUCUCCACCGUCAACAUCCUGAUUGGGAUCUUCGGCGCCGGGGAGCUCGGGAGGUGCUUGGAGCUCGUGAAGAAGUGGGGGCUGAGGCUUAACGGUUACACCUACAAGUGCUUGGUGCAGGCGCACCUGAGGUAUCGGGACGCCGAAGGGGGGUUUAGGGUUUACGAGGACAUGAGGAAGAGAGGGUACAAGUUGGAUAUCUUUGCUUACAACAUGCUCCUCGAUGCGUUAGCUAAAGCUGAUAUGGUUGAUGAAGCGUACAAGGUCUUUGAGGAUAUGAAACGGAAGCACUGUGAUCCUGAUGCAUAUUCAUAUACAAUACUCAUCCGAAUGUCAGGAAAGACUGGGAAGAAAGACGAAAUCCUUUCUUUCUUUGAAGAAAUGGUGAGAAACGGCUGUACUUUGAAUCUGAUUGCUUAUAACACUACAAUUGAGGCACUUGCGAAAAAUAGGAUGGCAGACAAAGCGAUUUCCCUUUUCUCUAACAUGAUCAAGAAUGAUUGCCAACCCAACGAAUUCACUUAUAGUGCUAUUUUAGAGGUUUUAGCAGCAGAAGGACAACUGCAUAGACUAGAUGAGAUUGUGGAAGCAUCUAAUAAGUUCAUGAAAAAGUCAAUCUAUGCAUUUUUGGUUAAGACGUUGAGUAAGCUAGGGCAUGCGAGUGAAGCCCAUAAUUUAUUUCGUCGUAUGUGGAGCUCUCAUGAUAAAGGAGACAGGGAUGCUUUCAUGUCAAUGCUUGAGAUACUAUGCACUUCCGGAAAGACAUCGGAGGCAAUGGAUCUACUAACGAUGAUGCAUGAAAAAGGGAUAGCUACUGAUACCCUCAUGUAUAAUAUGGUACUUUCAGCUCUCGGUAAACUAAAGCAGGCAUCUUAUAUUUUUAGUCUCUAUGAAAAGAUGAAACUUGCUGGCAUUUCCGCUGAUAUAUUCACCUACAACAUUCUCAUCUCAAGCCUUGGUAGAGUUGGUCUAAUUGAUAAAGCUUCUGAACUCUUUGAAGAAAUGGAGAGUAGUAACUGUGAACCUGAUGUUAUCACUUACAACUCUUUGAUAAACUGUCUGGGGAAGAAUGGAGACCUAGAUGAAGCUUACAUGCGUUUCAAGGACAUGCAGGAGAAAGGGCUUAACCCAGAUGUUUUCACUUAUAGUACACUCAUCGAAUGCUUUGGGAAAUCAAACAAGGUUGAGAUGGCUUGCAUGUUGUUUGAUGAGAUGCUUACAGAGGGAUGCAUUCCUAAUAUUGUGACGUACAACAUUUUACUUGAUUGUCUUGAGAAACGUGGGAAGACAACAGAAGCAUUUAAGUUGUAUGCCAAAUUGAAGCAGCAGGGCUUGACUCCAGACUCGAUAACGUAUUCAAUACUCGAAAGAUUAGAGAGUGGGCCCCAUAGGGCAAUACGGGUGCGGAAGCCAAGUCGGAUUACAGGUUGGGUUGUAAGCCCUUUAUGAUGGCAAGGGCGGGUGAUGUAUAAGUCAACAUGCCUUGAAAGAUUUUUCAUAAUACCAAGUAGUGUAUACCUGCUGUCUCUUGCAGAUGCAAUGCAUCGGAGAGAGAUUCUAUUUGUUAUUACACUGUUGAAGAUGCACAGGAGGGAAUUGUCUUAAUACUGCUUUUGCAGAAGCUGCUUAUGAGUAGAAGAGGAUUCAAUUCCAAGCCAGGGACAGAGGAUGAAUCAUCUCAACAGAGGCAGCCACUGUCCAGUUAUGGUCCCACCACAGUGAGGUCGCAGGAGGGAUUAUUUGGAGUAACCUGAACCUUUGGUGAAGUGGCUUCUUUCAAGAUCUCUAUAGUGGCGAGCCCAAGGACUUUUACCAUUGAACCAAAGGAGGGGUAGCAAACAGGAAGAAGCUUGUUGGAAACAUGCCGGCUUUACCAUAUGUGUGGACUUCCCUACCAUGUCAAACAGUAAUUGUGUUUAAAAUGUUUUCCACAUCUGCAGUCACGAAAUAUAAAAGCUUCAAAAGGCUGACAAAGGUUCAUGGCAACUAAGCAAUGCAAGGGCUCAUGGCAACUAUGCAAUGUAAAUAACCCUAAAUAAAGUGGAUUUGUUUGGUUAUAGUUGAUUUAGGUUUUUCAUUUGCAUCAGUGUUUUACUGUCGUGCAUUGCAGUAAUACUUACAUUUGAGUCUUAAUGAUAUCCAUUUUCUCCUUCUGCA